AUACAUUUCCUUCUAAUACUUAAUAGACAAGGUAAAACAAGAUUAGUAAAAUGGUUUAAUAAUAAUUACCUGAUAAAUGAGAAACAACGAUACAUACUGGAAAUCCAUCGAUUAAUAAGUUCAAGAGAUGAAUCGAAAUAUCAAUCAAAUUUCGUUGAAUAUGAACAAACUCAUAAAUUAGUUUAUCGUAGAUAUGCUGGAUUAUACUUUAUAUUUGGGAUUGAUUUAAAAGAUAAUGAAUUGAAUUAUUUAGAAAGUUUACAUUUCUUUGUGGAGAUUCUUGAUGAUUAUUUCAAUAGUGUUUGUGAAUUAGAUCUUGUAUUUAAUUUCUAUAAAUUAUAUUAUAUCUUAGAUGAAAUCUAUUUAGGAGGUCAGAUUCAAGAAAUA